AAUCGUGUUGGAAAAUUUAAAAAAAGAAUAAACUGAUUUAUAAUAAAUCAAUAAUUUGAAUUAUUUAUUUAUUUACAAGAAAUUCAAAAUUCUUUUGCAAGCGACUAACUUUUAUAAAGUGAAAAUUUAAAAUUCCCGGCAUUUUCGUCAAUAAUUCGGGCUAAAAAAUCAAUUUGUUUAUAUAUGUAUAUUUUUAUGAUAAAAGGGGUAAAAAAAUUCAUGUCAUUGUGAUGAACAAAAUAAUUUGAAUUUUUUAAAUAAAAUUUUGACAAUUGACACCAAAAAGAAUUGAAUUAUUUAAAAUUUGAAUCGCUUUCGAGCAAAUUGGAUAAUCUAAAUGAAUAGCAUUGGAGAAUCGUGUAAUGAAUUAAAGCAUCAAUAUGACACGUGUUUCCAAGCAUGGUUUUCUGAUAAGUUCCUGAAAGGCGACACGAAUGACUCUAUGUGUGCUCCACUCUUCAAAAUUUACCAAUCAUGUCUCAAGAAAGCUAUAAAGGAGCAUAAAAUAGAAAUAAAAGACAUUGAGAUAAAUCAUCUGGGAACGAACAAUGAAAAACUUCCCCCUAGCUGACCAACCGACAAUUCUUACAAUGAAUGAAUAAAGAAAAUGUAAACAUAAAUUAUUAUUAAUAUUUUUUAGUUUUGUGUUCAUUUUAAUAAUCAAUUAUUCAUUAAAUUGUAUAAAAAGAAGAAAUAAAUAUCAAUAAAAUGUAAUUAAUUUAUUCAA